ACUUUAAAUUCUGAACUGAAAGUUCGCUUCAGGUUAAGUACGCAUCAGGUUAAGUACAGACUUCCGGAACCAAUUAAGUACUUAACCUGAGGUUCCACUGUAUUUAAAAAGUAAACCCUACAGCUCAAUCUUAUUCUGAGAUAAUGCUGCUUCAUUAACAUUGAUUAAGGGUUAUGAAAAGCGAGGAUGAAUUACCAUUAUCUGACAUUCAUUUAUUUGCAUUUCCUAAAAAUGUGGAACAUAUGGAGGAUAGGAGAGAAUGUAGGAGAUGUUAAGAUAAGAGCAGGUGCUAAUUGAUGUGUGUAAUAUUCCUUUCUUUUCUUUGUAGAAAACAAAAAGUAUUUCUUCCCCCCUUCGCCUUCCAAAGCAGACAAUGGAGAGGGCAGUCAGAGUUCUGGGGGGCCAUGCCCAAUGGGAAUAACGAUUAAAUUGUUGGAAUGCAUGGAGUGUGAAAAGAGAAAGGAGAAACAAUUUGAAAAUAUGGAAUGUGGGAAGAGCUUCACUGACAGUGGAACACUAAGAAAACAUCAGCAGACUCACACACAAGAGAAACCAUUUAAAUGUAUAGAGUGUGAGAAGAGCUUCAGUAGAAGUGGAACACUUAGAAUCCAUCAACGGAUUCACACAGGGGAGAAACCCUAUAAAUGUAUGGAGUGUGGAAAGAGUUUCAGUGACAGUGGAACACUUAGAAAGCAUAAACAGAUUCACACAGGGGAGAAACCAUUUAAAUGCAUGGAGUGUGGAAAAAGCUUCUAUAGAAGUGGAAGCCUUAGAAAACAUCAACAGAUUCACACAGGAGAGAAACCAUUUAAAUGCAUGGAGUGUGGAAAGAGCUUCAUUGAUAGAGGAACACUUAGAAUCCAUCAUCAAAAUCACACAGGGGAAAAACCAUUUAGAUGUAAGGACUGUGGGAAGAGCUUCACUUAUAGUGGAGCACUAAGAAAACAUCAACGGACUCACACAGGAGAGAAACCAUUUAUAUGCAUGGAAUGUGGCAAGAGCUUUAGUCGGAGUGGAAACCUGUAUUCACAUCAUCAAACUCAUACUGGGGAGAAACCAUUUAAAUGUAUGGAGUGUGGAAAGAGCUUCAGUCACAGUGGAACACUAAGAAAACACCAACGGACUCACACAGGCGAGAAACCAUUUAAAUGUAUGGAGUGUGGAAAGAGCUUCACUGAGAGUGGACACCUUAGAAACCAUCAACGGAUUCACACAGGGGGAAAACCUUUUAAAUGUAUUGAGUGUGGAAGGAGCUUCAAUGCUAAUCAAGCGCUUAGAAGUCAUCAACUGACUCACAUGGGGGGAAAAUCAUUUAAAUGUAUGGAGUGUGGAAAGAGUUUCAGUAGGAGUGGAAGCCUGAAUUUUCACCUUCGAACUCACACAGGGGAAAAACCAUUUAAAUGUCUGGAAUGCCGAAAGAGUUUCACUGAUAAUCGAGUACUUAGAAGUCAUCAACGGACUCACAUGCGGGAGAAACCAUUUAAAUGUACGGAGUGUGGAAAGGGCUUCACUUCUAAACAAGUACUUAGAAGUCAUCAACGGACUCACACGGGGGAGAAACCAUUUAAAUGUAUGGAGUGUGGAAAGAGCUACAUUGACAGUGGAACACUAAGGAAACAUCAACGGACUCACACGGGGGAGAAACCAUUUAAAUGUAUGGAGUGCGGAAAGAGCUUCACUUAUAGUGGAACACUAAGAAAACAUCAAUGGACUCACACGGAAGAGAAACCAUUUAAAUGCAUGGAAUGUGGAAAAAGUUUCGCUGAGAGUGGAAAACUUAGAAUUCAUCAAUGGACUCACACAGGGGAGAAACCAUUUAAAUGCAUGGAGUGUGGAAAGAGCUUCACUGAGAGUGGAAAACUUAGAAUUCAUCAACGAACUCACACGGGGGAGAAACCAUUUAAAUGCAUGGAGUGUGGAAAGAGCUUCACUGAGAGUGGAAAACUUAGAAUUCAUCAACGAACUCACACAGGUGAGAAACCAUUUAAAUGCAUGGAAUGUGGAAAGAGCUUCAGUGAUAGUGGAAAAUUUAGAAGACAUCAACGAACUCACACGGGGGAGAAACCAUUUAAAUGCAUGGAGUGUGGAAAGAACUUCAUUGAUAGUGGAACACUAAGAAAACAUCAAUGGACACACACGGGGGAGAAACCAUUUAAAUGUAUGGAAUGUGGGAAGAGCUUCACUGAUAGUGGAAAACUUAGAAUUCAUCAACGGACUCACACAGGUGAGAAACCAUUUAAAUGCAUUGAAUGUGGAAAGAGCUUCAGUCACAAUGGAACCCUGAGAACUCAUCAACGGACUCACACAGGGGAGAAACCAUUUAAAUGCAUGGAGUGUGAAAAGUGCUUCAGUCACAAUGGAACCCUUAGAAUUCAUCAACGGACUCACACAGGGGAGAAACCAUUUAAAUGUAUGGAGUGUGGGAAGAGCUUCACUGAUAGUGGAACACUUAGAAUUCAUCAACGGACUCACACAGGUGAGAAACCAUUUAAAUGCAUGGAGUGUGGAAAGAACUUCACUGAUAGUGGACAACUUAGAAUUCAUCAACGGACUCACACAGGUGAGAAACCAUUUAAAUGCAUGGAGUGUGGAAAGAGCUUCAGUCGGAGUGGACUCCUUACAAACCAUCAUCAUAUUCACACAGGAGAUAAACCAUUUAAAUGUAUGGAUUGUGGAAAGAGCUUCAGUCGGAGUAGCCACCUUGCAAACCAUCGUCUGAUUCACACGGGGGAGAAACCAUUUAAAUGUAUGGAGUGUGGAAAGAGCUUCACUGAGAGUGGACACCUUAGAAACCAUCAUCUGAUUCACACGGGGGAGAAACCAUUUAAAUGUAUGGAAUGUGGGAAGAACUUCAGUCAGAGUGGACAUCUUAGAUACCAUCAAUGGACUCACAGAAUGGAGAAACCAUUUCAAUGCAUGGAGUGUGGAAAGAGCUUCAGUACAAGUGGAGUUCUUACAAAACAUCAACAAACUCACACAGUGGAGAAACCAUAGAAGUGUUAGGAAAGUGGACAGAGGUUCAGUUGUAGUGGAAGUCUUACAAACCAUCAAAAGACUCUGAGGGGUAAGAGCUGUAAGAGUGGAAACUCAACAGGCCAUCAAUUAACUCAAAGAAAAGAAACGGUUUAAAUAGGAGUAGGGAAUCUGCUUUGGUUAGUAUGGAACUCUUUUUAGAGUGUAGAACCUGUUUCUCUCCUACUUUACACUUUCUUUCACAUCAAUAACAGGAAAUCCAUUUUAAAGGCAUGCAGUGUAUGUGAGCUUUUGUUGUUUGUAUGUAACAUUGUCUAGACAUGUUUUUAAAUAAUGAGGGUAACAUUUCACAUAUAGUGUUUAAUGUACUGUUAGAUAGAGAUGGGGAGUUUGUGAGUUUGGAGUGUUGCUUUUGAAUUAGGAUGGACAGAGAGUGAGCUGGUUUUGGUGUUUGGGGGAGGGAGUUGGAAAUGUUUGUAUCUGGGAAUGGAGAGUUGCACAAAGUGGAGCUGAGACUGGAGGUGUUGCUUUGGAAAGCAGAGUUGGUUAGAUGAUUCAGCGGGGGAAACACAGCCCCGAACAGGUAAGGAGGUAGUACAAGAAUACUUGGCUACUUUAGAUGUAUUCACGUCUCCAGGGCCAGAUGAACUACAUCCAAGAGUAUUAAAAGAACUGGCAGAGGUGAUUUCAGAACCACUGGCAGUAAUCUUUGAGAAUUCCUGGAGAACAGGCAAAGUUCCAGCAGACUGAAGGAGGGCAAAUGUUAUCCCUAUUUUCAAAAAGGGGGAAAGAGAGGAGCCAAACAAUUACCGCCCAGUCAGCCUGACAUCAAUACCAGGAAAGAUUCUAGAGCAGAUCAUUAAGCAAACAGUCUGUGAGCACCUAGAAAGAAACUCUGUGAUUACUAAAAGUCAGCAUGGGUUUCUGAAAAAUAAGUCAUGUCAGACUAAUCUGAUCUCCUUUUUUGACAGAAUUACAAGCCUGGUAGAUGAAGGGAACGCUGUGGAUGUAGCCUAUCUUGAUUUCAGCAAGGCCUUUGACAAGGUGCCCCAUGAUAUUCUUGUAAAGAAGCUGGUAAAAUGUGGGCCAGACAAUGCUACCAUUCCGUGGAUUUGUAACUGGCUGGCUGACCGAACCCAAAGGGUGCUCAUCAAUGGCUCCUCCUCAUCCUGGAGAGUAGUGACUAGUGGGGUGCCACAGGGUUCUGUCUUGGGCCCAAUCUUAUUCAACAUCUUUAUCAAUGACUUGGAUGAUGGGCUUGAGGGCAUCCUGAUCAGGUUUGCAAAUGACACUAAAUUGGGAGGGGUGGAUAGUACCCCAGAGGACAGGAUCACACUUCAGAAUGACCUUAACAGAUUAGACAACUGGGCCAAAGCAAACAAGAUGAAUUUUAACAGGGAGAAAUGUAAAGUACUACAGUUGGGCAAAAUAAAAAUUAAAAAAUGAAAGGCACAAAUACAGGAUGGGUGACACCAGGCUUGAGAGCAGUACAUGUGAAAAGGAUCUAGGAGUCUUGGUAGACCACAAACUUGACAAGAGUCAAUGGCGUGAUGCUGCAGCUAAAAAGUUCUUCCUAAUGUUUAGGUGGAAUCUUCUUUCUUGUAGUUUGAAUCCAUUGCUCCGUGUCCGCUUCUCUGGAGCAGCAGAAAACAACCUUUCUCCCUCCUCUAUAUGACAUCCUUUUAUAUUUUUGAACAUGGCUAUCAUAUCGCCCCUUAACCUUCUCUUCUUCAGGCUAAACAUACCCAGCUCCCUAAGCCGUUCCUCAUAAGGCAUCGUUUCCAGGCCUUUGACCAUUUUGGUUGCCCUCCUCUGGACACGUUCCAGCUCGUCAGUAUCCUUCUUGAACUGUGGUGCCCAGAACUGGACACAGUACUCCAGGUGAGGUCUGACCAGAGCAGAAUACAGUGGUACUAUUACUUCCCUUGAUCUGGAUGCUAUACUCCUAUUGAUGCAGCCCAGAAUUGCAUUGGCUUUUUUAGCUGCUGCAUCACACUGCUGACUCAUGUCAAGUUUGUGGUCUACCAAGACUCCUAGAUCCUUUUCACAUGUACUG